GCGAGCAGAGAUAAAAAAGAGAGGGAGAAAGCUUUGGUUGCCCGGUUCUUUUGCCCUGAUUCAACCGGUUCGCCGGCGUUCUUCCCACGGAGCCCCGUUUAACUCCGAUCCCUGGCAGAAUUAUUGCAUCUGUCCCCAAAAAAAGAGCUUUUCAGCCCCAUUCCAAGAACUUCCAACUUUCUUCGCCCCUGAACAACCCCCUCUCCCCAAAUCUAAGCCCCCCCACGACUUUCGCCCCCCCCCGCCAUUCCGAUGAAUUCUGGGGGGCUGGCGACCCCUUCUCUUCCCCCCAUCGCAGAAGACCCUCCUCCUAGUGGCCCCCGCCUGCCUCGCCCCUUCCUCCACAGUCUCCGGAUCCUCUUCGAAAUCUUGGACGAUCAAGGCAAGGGGAUCGUCCACAUUUCGGAAAUCGAGAGCCGCUGGGGUCGGGGCGGCUCUGGGGUGGCCCCCCAAGUGGACCAAGAGAUCCCAGCCGGGGUCCUGCAAGCUCUUCAGCGAGUGGCAGAGCCGUGCGGGGGCUUUUUAAGUUUCCCCCGCCUAGUGGCCGGGUUGAGAAUUGCCCUCCUCCAAACCGAAGACGGCGGAGCAGCGGAGGAGGAGGAGGCGGAAAAGGGACGCGGAGCUGCCCAGGUGAAGAAGACGAGUCGGACACGAGAAUCUGAUGGGAAAGGAGUCACUCGAUCCAGGAGCACAAACAGCUUCUUGUCCCAAAGUGGGCGGUGCAGGAUGAUUCCAAAGGAAUCGCGUAGACACACCAUUUCCGGUGCCGUGGAAUAUGAAAUGCUGAAGCAGAUGCAGCAGCUGGAACGAGAACGCGAUGCCUUGUUGCAAGGCCUGGAAAUGGUUAACCAGGUACGCGACUGGUUACAGUGCCACCUGCUGGAAGCUCAAAAACGCCAGAAGCAGAUGGGAGCCCAGGCGAAUGAUUGUCGAGAUUCUUACUCUAAGCAGAGCUGCCUGCUGCUGGCCAAGAUCCAGGAAGUCAACCUGUGCUUGAAAAAUUUACUCACUUCUUCUGGAAAGACUGAAGUGCCACUCAAAAAUUGGGAGGUUCCCUGUUCCUCUCCGGAAAAUCCAUUUCACCAGCAAGCCAUCGUUGUGCUAAAGGAGCAGAAUCACCUGUUGACGAAGGAGGUGUCCCAAAAAUGCCACCGCAUUGCGCAACUGGAAGAAGAAAAAGCAUCCCUUUGCAAGCAGCUGAAGGAGAGCUGGGGUUAUAAACUCCCCAGCCACAAGGAGUUCACCUUCAUCUGACAAGAAACUCAAGGAUGGGUGACUAUAAACUCUAUGACGCUUCUGCUUCAGUUGGCCAUGCUUGGGACAUCACUUUCUUUUGGGACUCCAAACAAUGGAUCACGUCAAGUCUUUUGUUAGGAAAGAGACCAACAGCAUUCCUGUUCCUGUUUGUCCUCUAUCUGCAGAGGACCAGGUUUGUUGAAGAAACAUCUUGAGAUGGUUGGCGAUUGUUAGAAUGGGACAGGUAAACAUGAGGCUCUUGAGGUUCAUGAAAAAUAGUCAGUGGAAGGGAAUGGAUCAGGAGAUGAACUAAAGGUGCAACCAAGACAAAGCUCACAA